AUGAUAGUUACGAAAUCUACAAAAGAAAGCAUGAAGCACCUUGAAGACCCAUUUCUUGUAUUUGUUGUAGGACGAGAAGUAGGGCCUUUGCUAUAUCACUGGGCCGCAUCAGAUCAUUUGACCCGAUUGUUCCAUUCUGAAUCCACCAACCCACUCAAGACCCCAACCCACACACCACCCCCAAUCAUCGUGCUACCUCGAGCUGCCACGAGACGUGCGCAGCUCACCGUCACGACGUCUUCCACAAAGCGCCGUAAGGUAGCAGAGCCUCGCAAACCAGGAACGCUUCCGGGUUUGUCGUUUGCCUCGCAGGCCGGAAGACGUCACGGCCAACCUCCUAGCUCCGACCGCUCCUCUUCCUCCUCCUCGGCCUUGCCUCAUCGCCGCACUUCGCCCACUUCUCCUUCACAUCGCAGUCAAAGUUCAUCGGCUUCACCGCCUCCACGUUACAUUCCCGCCCAUCUUCAGGACGAAGUCCUGGGAACUAGAUCUCAAUCCUCUGCUCCUCGCUCUCCGACCCCGGAUCUCACAGCCAGUGCCGUCGACUGCCCAUCGGCCGCCUGCGCUGGUUUGACCCUACACAGCGAUCCUGCGACCGAUAUGUCGGCUUCAGACGAAAGGGUCAACGCUCACGGAGCGUCAGACGCCGAAAAGGAUGUGCAGAUGGAACAGGUUCCGGUCCUGAAGGACAAUCAACCUACUUCUGACAAACGGGAUACGAUGGACACCUCGGGAUCGGGUGACGAUACCUCGACUGGCAACGACGACAGUGCAUCCUCCGACAAUGUAUAUCCCACUCCUUCCAGCAUGUCUACCUAUACUGCGCCCACGGAAACUCGAGUCCACUCGAAGGCGGAGGCUUCCGUCGCACCCGUUGAACCUCCAUCCUUCGAUGAUCAGGUCGCGCAAGUGACCAGGCACAUGAUGCAGCCGAUGCAGGAAAAGCAGAAAGGAUAUGUGGUGUCUAUGUCGUGGUUAAAGCGGGUGUUCGCGCGAAGCUCUACCCAUGCGGACCAGGCGGAUAAGAAUGCUGCUGAAGGAGAGAUUGGCCCGGUUGACAACUCGGAUAUUGUCCUGGUGACCGAUCCUGCUAACGCAGGCUUCAAGGACGAAUACGGGGAGCCGUUUGUUCCCCUCAGGCCCGGUCUGCAGCUUGGCGAGGACUUUGAGAUUGUACCUCAAGGAGGCUGGGACCUUAUCAUGCAGUGGUAUGGGCUUGCGGAGCAGUCUCCUGCCAUUGUCCGCUACGCUCACAAUACCUCACCGGCCGGCGAGAACGAGAACAUUCAAUACGAGAUCAAUCCUCCAAUUUUCACGAUUCUUAAGCUCACGAAUCCGUCCGCGGGAACAACUCCUAAAUCACUCAAGGAAAAGAACAUGCUUCCGGUUCGAACGCUUGCCAGCAGACACACGAACUUCCAGAAAUGGUUGAAGCAUGCUAAAGAACUCGCGAAAAUCGACAUGGCGACCAAAGUCCGCGUCUGGAGAGUCCUGGACGGUCUCGCUAGUACCACCACCUCCGCUGCGGUCACCCCCGCCGCCUCUCGAACAGCCUCCCCCGCGCCUUCUGCAUCGACUGCGCCCAAUGCUGGAGGUAGCCUCGUCCUCGAUCUCAACACGUUUCUUUCCCUUGCCGAAGGAUCCCAGCGGGAGUUGCUGGAAGGCAUUAGAGAUCAAACCUCCAAUUCCAACUACAACGGUAGUAUGACGUUGGAUCUUGCCGGCCUGGGCGGUAGUGAUAUCAUAGUACUUGAGGAGCGGCUCCCUGGGAAACAAGGCGACUGGGUGUCUGAAGCUUCCAAGCAGACACUAAGCCGCCUUGGGGUGCCAACCGGAAAAGUUAAGAAUGAGGUAUCAACCAAAAUCAAGACUAAGAGCCCUGCCACUAGUGGGCGCUCAUCCCCAGUUUCAGAGCCUAUCAGGGGCAGACGCAAGGAUGGCAAACCGCGUGGUAACACAGGUCUCAGCAAUCUUGGAAACACAUGCUACAUGAACUCUGCCCUGCAGUGUGUCCGCAGUGUGGAGGAAUUGACCUACUACUUCUUGAAUGACGUGUACAAGAAAGACCUCAAUCCCAGCAAUCCCCUAGCUCACAACGGUGACGUGGCUAAAGCGUAUGCUAAUCUGCUCCGCCAAAUCUACGACGAGGCAGGCCAGUCCUCCUUUGCUCCUCGGCAGUUGAAGCAAACUAUUGGCCGCUAUGGUCCGGCAUUCUCUGGAUAUGGACAGCAGGAUUCUCAGGAAUUCCUUCUUUUCCUUCUCGAUGGUCUCCAGGAAGACUUGAACCGGAUUCAGAAGAAGCCAUAUAUUGAGAAACCGGACUCUACGGACGACAUGGUUCACGAUAAAGCGGCGCUGAAGGAGUUUGCAGACAAAUGCUGGGACAUCUAUAAAGCCCGCAAUGACUCUGUGAUCACAGAUCUAUUUGCUGGUAUGUACAAGUCGACUCUGGUCUGCCCGGUUUGCGACAAGGUCAGCAUUAUCUUUGACCCUUUCAACAACCUCACUCUUCAGCUCCCCAUUGAGAACCUUUGGAGCAAGGAAAUCUUCUAUUUCCCCCUCAACAAAAAGCCAGUCAUUGUGGAUGUGGAGAUUGAUAAGCACGCCAGCAUCAAGUCUCUGAAGGAAUUGGUCGCUAAAAAAAUGGGCUCUGAUCCUCAACGCCUGGUCAUGUCGGAGAUCUACAAGAAUAAGUUCUACAAGAUGUUUGACAACACCAUCUCCAUCGCUGAAUGCCAGAUCAGCAAUGGUGAUGACCUUGCCAUCUAUGAAGUAGAGUCUGUUCCCACCAAUUAUAAUCCGGACAAGGCUCAGAAGAGUUACUUCUCUUUCAACCGGUCAGAGCAUGAGGAGAUCCCUAAGCUCGAUUCUCCCAGAGCCGAUCGGUUGCUCGUGCCUAUCUUUAACCGUUAUGAGAAGCCGAGGUCGAACAACCCGAAGAAUACCAUGCGACCCCUCUUUGGCGUGCCAUCUUAUGUUGUCAUCAAUAGGGAGGAGCUUGGCGACUACGACGCUAUUUUCCGCAAGGUUCUCGCACAAGUCGCCUCCAUGACGACACGUGAUUUUCUCAAUGAGGUCAACGAAGCAGAGUCCAGCCAGGAAGAUUCAGACACCGUCGUCAUGAACGACGACGACGCACAGUCGGCCGACUCCAAGAUCAAGACCUCUUCUGUUGAUGGGGAAGAUGGAAUCGUCGAUGUCUCCAUGCGCGACGCGGAAGAUGCCCAGGAUGAUAAGCCGGCUCAGCCCGAGGGUGGCAUUCCAGCCAAUCUUCGUAGCCUAUUCGAGAUGAAAAUCAUCAAGUCGAAUGAGGUGGUCCCGCUUGGCUUCUCAUCGGUCGAUGACCACAAGGAAUAUCCCCGCAUGUCUUUCAGGAUUAAGACCAAACCCGCGGUGACAAAGCAGGAGCCGACGGAAGAUACUCCAGAAAUCGCCGCGAAUAAAUCGGACGAGGAAAUCUCCGGGAAACAGAGCCCUGAAAGUGCCGACGGCGACUCCGACGUCUUCACUGAUGCCAAACGCCCGGCUCCCAAGCCUACCACCCCGACCCCGCCCAUGAUUCGACCGGGUGAGGGUAUCGUGGUCGACUGGACGGAAGCCGCUUACGAUGCUCUUUUCUCAGGUGGCAGCGGGAAAGACUCUCUGCGGGGUAGCCCGACUUGGACCAACAUCGAGAGACAUCCGGAUCCCGAGCUUUCCAAGAAGCGAGCACUCCGGCAGACACGCAAGAAGAGAGGCGUCACUCUCUACGAGUGCUUGGAUGAAUUCAACAAGGAAGAGAUCCUUUCCGAGAACGACGCGUGGUAUUGUCCCCGGUGCAAGGAACAUCGCCGGGCCAGCAAGAAAUUCGAACUCUGGAAGACACCUGACAUCUUGGUGAUGCACUUGAAGAGGUUCAGUGCCAGCCGUGGUUUCCGAGACAAGCUUGAUGUCCUGGUCGACUUCCCGGUGGAAGGUCUUGACAUGAGCGGUCGGGUAGAGGCUCCUGAGGAAGGCAAGAGCCUUAUCUACGAUCUUUUCGCCGUGGACAAUCACUAUGGUGGACUCGGAGGAGGCCAUUACACGGCCUACGCUAAGAACUUUAUGACGGGUCAAUGGAACGAAUACAAUGAUUCAUCUGUAUCGAGACCCCUCGACCCUCAGAGUGUGGUCACCCCUUCGGCCUACCUCUUGUUCUACCGCCGCCGGUCCGAACGUCCCUUGGGCGGCAAGGUUCUCGAGGAGAUCACCGAGGCGUCGACGCGUCCCGGAAGUGAGGCAGACUCUCAAAGCGAGUCGCGCGGGCCGUCUCCGUCGGGGGAAGGUCGGCGUCUCGGCGGCUCCUCCCGCAAUGGGUCGUCGAGCGCAUUAGCCGGAGUCGGAGCAGCUCACCAAUCGGGAGAUGGUGGUUUGCAAACUGGAACUCAAGUGAAGAGCGGGGAUGAGGACUCGCCCCCGGAAUAUUCGAACAGCCCCUCGUAUGGCGAGCGGAGCAUGGACAAAACAGGUCGACUGGAAGGUAUGGAUUUCGAAGACGAGGCGUUCGGACACGGACCGCAACCCAGCCCGUUCCGCCACGUGGAUCCGCCCUCGUGGUCGUUCAGUCACAUCUCGGAUGCUCACGGCCCUUUACAGAUGACCGCAGCGCAACGGGGAUCCACCUCUGAUGAUGAUUUGCUCGAUGACGAUGACAGUAAUAAGGCAGUCGGAGGGGGAGACGUCAGUGAUACCGACCUUCGGAUGGCCGCCUUGACAGAUAGUCCCGAAGGUGGGUUGGGCCUCCCGGGGACUCCGAUGGAUGAAACUCCGUUCCAAGAGCUGCAUCCAUUCGGUGGUGAUGGGGAUGAGGACGAUGAGGACGAUUUGCCGGUGGUGGAGUUGCAAGUGAACGACGAAGACCGAGUUCUCCCCUGAUCUCGCGUCAGGAAUUUCUUUGUUCUUUUUUUGGAAAUGUGAAACGAGCAAUACACUGUGUUUUAUACAGCGCCAGGGCCGGCGAAUGUUAAUCUUGGGCCAUUACGGGGUAUACGAUAUCAUGGAACGAAGUGGAUGAUUUCUCAUGGUCGAGUCUGGUGCGGUGGAAGCAAUUCGCCAAGGCUAGGACGGAUGGAUGGACGGUCUGGGGCUGCAUUGCAUUUACGGGGAUGGAUGGCGGAGAGCCGUCCUUGCAUUAUAUUUGUUUGAUUGUUGGGGCACGGGUGUUGCCUGGGUAAAAGCUAUUUCUGACUGAAAGUGAUGGUAGAGCAGCAGUUGCUGCAGUUGAUCAAUAUGAGUAACUGUGAACGAAGUGCG